GGAAACUGUCCACUUCAAUUCACCUCUGCCGCUCCGAUAGCGCUGACCCUCCAACCUCCGUUGAAUCGUGAGAUUGUGGUUGUUAUUGGAUUGAAGACAUAUCAGCUGAUUGUUUGGCUGAAAACACCGCUGGAGAUUGGUUCACGUACAUAGCCAGGUUGGAAGGGAAACGGGCGAACAAGCGACGUUCUUUAUAUCCGCAAAUAACACACGAGACAACAGGUGCCCGAACAAUGGAGUUCUGAGCGUGUUACAAUUAGACUCGCCCCAUAUACGCCCCAUUAACGAACCUCCAACAUGAUAGUUGCUUGCCUCCAGUUCUCCCCUGAGCUCGGAAAGGUUCAGGAGAACAUACGAAAGGCCGAUCAGAUUCUCCAACGGACUGCAAUCCCGGCGAAUAUCGACUGGAUCAUCUUGCCUGAACUGGCUUUUACAGGUUACGACUUCCACUCGCUUGAAGAAAUAAAGCCCUUCCUGGAACCCACCACCUCAGGAAUAAGCACACACUGGGCCAUACAGGUAGCCGCCCAUUACAAGUGUCACGUAACAGUCGGGUAUCCCGAAAUCACGACCACAGACCCUCCAGUGCAGUACAACAGCACAGUGACCGUCUCCCCGCAAGGAACCAUUUUAGCCAAUUACCACAAAGCAUUCCUGUACUACACCGACGAGACAUGGUCGGCCGAAGGUCCAACGGGGUUCUUUUCCGGUCCGCUGGGUGCGCUGGGUCAGGUGACGCUGGGGAUUUGCAUGGAUAUCAAUCCGUACAAGUUCACGGCGCCGUGGACGGACUAUGAGUUUGCGAAUGCGGCGAUCGAGAAUGAUACGUCUAUCGUGUGCGUGUCGAUGGCGUGGCUGUGCCAUCUUUCGCCGGAGGAACUCAUGACGGAUCCGCAUAUAAUGGACCUGGCGACUGUGUCGUACUGGGUGGAGAGAUUCCAUCCCCUGGUUGGGAGAUCGAAUAGCGGACCGGUUUAUGUCAUAUUGGCGAAUAGGUGCGGCAUGGAGAAGGCGGUUUGUUAUGCUGGGAGCAGCACCGUUCUGAAGAUAGAGAAUGGGGUGGUGAGCAUGUACGAGACGCUUGGGAAGAGCGAGGAGAAGUGUUUGGUGGUGGAUCUGAAUGAGCGACCGAAGUUCCAGGUGAGGAGUGCAGGCGCCUGAAUUCAAUUGAUGACGUUCAAGGUUGAUUGAUUGCUACAUGACGGCUGGAUGGUGCUUGGGUGUUUAUUGUAUGUUUUAAGGGCAAGAACCGAAGUACCCGUUAUACCAGGCAUUAUCUGGGGGUUCAUAAGUUGCUUCGGGGAGGGGCGCAUUGGUAUUGUUCACGAGAAAUGUAGUUACGCGAGAUCAUUCAUGGGUAUCAUACGAGAAACGUUUCGAAG